UUUUCAUUUCUUUCUAACUGACCGGACACGACAGGAGGUCACUUACCCCCGCCAGUAUGCAAAGUUUCAUCGGAAUCUCUCAUCUUUUAUUGGUUCUGCUGGUUCAGCUGGUACCUGCGCAGAUUUCACCUGCUCCAGAGGAGGCUCCCCCUAGAGAAAUGACACUCCAGGAGGUGUUUGCAAAGAGCAUGUGUCAUCCUAUGGAGCAGCUGGUGGAUGUAGAGCAGGAGCUCCCUGGAGAAGUGGGGUACAUCUACUGGCCUGCUUGUGUCCCACUGUUGCGAUGCUCCGGUUGCUGUGGGGAUGAGUACCUGGAGUGCCAUCCUAUCCUUGAACGCAACAUCACUGUAGAGAUGAUGAGGAUUAUUCCCAUGAAAUCUAGUCAACGUGUGGAACUCACAUUUGUGGAGCAUCAGAGUUGUGAAUGCAGACUCCGUCCGACACCACAACAAAAUAAAAGAAGUGGUGAGUCCAUCAAGAAUAAAUCUCGGAGGAAGAAACACAAGAUGACAUCCAACGGCUGUGACAAGUGCCAGUUCUCUCAGAACAAGAUAAGUCUUCACUGAGUCACACAUCUGUCCAAAGUUUAAUUUGGAGGAGUGACUUUGGUGCUUUGAACAACAGCACAUGUGAGAAUUAAUCACAUCUGACUGUUCAUCCUCUGUCCAAACUUUUGAUUAACUAAAUUAUCAAAGCAAACAGCCAUAUCUGCAAACUCAUUUGCCUCAGGCUGUUUUUAAUGUACAAAAAUCAAUGUCAAUUUUGAUUUUAAAAAUGUAAUUGCUUUUAUUUGAAGUUUAAAAAAAAAAAUAGAAAGACCGUGGGUACAACAGUAGAUGCAGAAAAUGUAAACAGAUACUGGAUAGAAUGCUUCAAGCUUAUCGGUUGCUAGGAGAAAGGACUAAAGCCUUCAUCCAUCCUGUCAGUCCUUCUCCAUGACUUCAUGUUCUUUGCGACUUUUGCAGUGACUCAUGUUCUUAUAAGUGGUAUGAAACCAAUUGUUUUCUCAUGCAGAGCUACAGUCAUUGAAAAAAGACAUCAUCUGUGUGACUUUCUGUUUGUCAAGUGUUAUUUUUGUAGAAGUGUCUUUUGAAGAAUCCUGAAUCCACUCUGCGUAAUCAUGGGGCAUGAUAAGGUCAUGAAAUA